ACUUUUAGCCGAAGCCGAAGGGGAAAAACUUUUUUUUAUAUCACAAGAACAGCGAGGAAUUCAGGUGUUGGGGGGAGCUUAAAAUUAGAAGGCCAGCGCAAUAAUUGAGCAGGCGGGCACGGCAGGAGCCCCCUCCUAAUCGCUGCCCUGAACAUGUGUUCCCCUUCUCCCCGGCGUAUUAUAUGAGGAGGAGGAGCUCGAGGUGGUGAUCGAUGCGUGGAGGAGGAGGAUGCUGCCGCUGAUAAUAUAAAGCAGAGGCAGGAGAGGCCGACCCUCUGGCCUUGCUGCUCUUCCCCCACCUCCGUCCCCCACAUGCCCUGACCCCCGCCGCCCGGCCCUGCCCUGCUGCCCCCAAGGUGAUUGAUUGAUUGCCUCUUGCUCGCUCCGUUUCACGCUUUCCCCCCUCUCUUUGCUCCAAUCUGUGCAUCUCCUGGAUCCGUUCGUGCUGCUGGUAUUAGCGUCAGAUUGGGGUGGUGUCUGGUACUCUGGAGUGCUACUUAUGUUCAUCUUGCAGAAAGCUGAAUCUUGCCCCGAACAACUAGCGGUAGCUGCAUUGGCGGGGAAAGCGCGAGGAGCUCAGCAGCAAUGGCGGAGCCGGAGGGCGCCGGGAGGUACUGGUGCCACAUGUGCGCCGUGGCGGUGAGGCCCGCGGAGGGCGAGCCGGAGAUGAAGUGCCCGCACUGCCACAGCGGCUUCCUCGAGGAGAUGGAGACGGCCCACAGCGCGGCCGCGGCCGACGGCGGCGAAGGCGGCGGCGCGUUGACCGAGGUGGACCCCGGCGCUGACCGCCCGAGCUCCAUCUGGGCGCACGCCAUCCUCAGCACGGUGGACAGCUCCGUCCGCCGCCGCCGCAGCCGGCGCCAGCAGGAGCCCGGUGGCUUCCUCCACGACUGGGACGAGCACGACUUCACGCGGCGCCGGCGCCGCGUCACCGCGUUCCUGCGCCUCCUGCACGAGCUCCGGGAGCGCCAGCUGCAGCGCCUGGAGGCGGCCGCCGACGUCGCCAUCGAGGGCGACCAGCUGACCCCUUUCGGCCGGAGCCUCUUCAUCGGCGCCGCUGGCGGCGGCGGCGAGCAUGGCGUGGCGCUGGGCGACUACUUCCUCGGCACCGGCCUCGACGCCCUGGUGCAGCAGCUGACCGAGGGUGACCCCGGCCGCCAGGGCACGCCGCCGGCCAAGAAGGAGGCCGUCGAGGCGAUGCCCACCGUGGAGAUCGCGGGGGGCAACGGCGACGACGCGGCCAGCUGUCCGGUCUGCCUGGAGGACUACGCGCCUGGCGAGCGCGCCCGGGAGAUGCCCUGCAGGCACAGGUUCCACGCCAACUGCAUCGUGCCAUGGCUCGAGAUGCACAGCUCCUGUCCCGUCUGCCGGUUCCAGCUGCCGGCCGACGACGACAACAAGAGCUCAUGCGGCAGUGGCCCCGACGGCGGUGGCUAUGUCAGCGUCGAUGCUGAUCAUGAAGGCAACGACAAUGGCGGCGGCGGGGAUGGCAGGGCAGGCUCUGCUGGCAAUGCCGAGCCAGAGCGCAUCGGCGUUGCCGUUGUGGACGCCGAAGAGAGCAACAGGCGGCUGCCGGCGACCAUACAGUGGCUCAACAGCAUGUUCUCGCCGUCCGGCGGCAGCAGCAGCAGCAGCUCUCAGCAUUGGGAGGAUUGAGCAAUGACGAUGAUGGCUGCUGGUGCUGGUCAAGCCCAUCGGUGCCAGUGUACAUAGGGAGGAAGCAUGCCGGGUUGGUGCCAUGGAAAUUUGGAGCCCCUUUUCAGUGUGUUAGUUUUGCUCAUGUAAUAUUCACUGUGAUACAGUCCUCAUGGUCGACCAAAGAACAGAUAUGGGCAAGUGUAUGAACUUGCCUUCUGCGUGAAUCUGGUGCUAGCAGCGUCUUACAAGUCAAGUAUGGUUUCUGCAGAGCGCUUAUCUGGGUUUCUGGCAGUUUGAUGAGCGGCAUCAUAAUCAAACUUAUCUUUAUUAUGAAUAUAAGAAAAGGUUAACAUGCCA